CCUAUUCUAAUUAGACGAGUGAAUGAAUGAAUGGCGUUGUUCAGUCAAAGACCUAUUACUAUAUUACGUCUAUGAAGACCUAACUGUUAAGUUUGUAAUUUUGGAAACUAUGGACACCCUACCACAGGUCGUCUUGAGUACAUAGUUCUCGACUACUUACUGCAUACUUAAUCUAUUCUUUUAACUAAUGACUAUAAAAUUGGAUUCUACGCCUACUCCGAAUGAGAAAUUGAGAUAAGGUUAAUGAAAAUUAAGAUAUUGAAUCCACUUCCAGACACAACCUGCAAAAUUAUUUAGGCAUUUUAUGGGUUCCUUGGUGAUGUUAAGACAUUUUAUGUCAAAGUCACAAUUACAGUCAAUGUCAAGUGAAAUUGAAAAGUCAAAAUUAUGAUGUCAUUCUAGCAUAUUGCAUUCAAAAUGCAGUGGAUCGGCUAAUAAAAUUCUGUUUUGAAACAGUGAAUCGAUCUUUUUCAAUAGUUCUAUUGACGCAGAUUUGAAUUUUUUAAUUUCAGAUAUUCACAUAAAUUUUCUGAAAUAAAACUGUUACCGUGAAAUAAUGAUCUUUAAAAACCCGCCGAAAUUAAAGUUAUAACUGAUUUUACGUAGAAAAAACGUGUUUUAAUCUUGUUUAACUCUGUUUAGAAAUACAUGUUUCAAAAUGUUAUUUAAAAGUCAGUAUGUGGUUUUAAUAUUUGUGAUAUGUUUAUUGCAAUGUGCCUUGUCGGAGAUAAUCACAUUAUCCAUACUUGGAUCUGCUGCUGUAGCUGGCUGGUUUAGUUGGAAUACACUUAAAGAAAACACAUAUUGUCGAUACGUGGAAUGUUGUACAGAUCAGCAUGUGCCUUUUGAUAUAAACAAAUUAAAAUUAUCUCUAUCACAAAGAAUGUUUGGGCAGCCAUUAGUUGAUGAACUAGUGAAUAUAUUGCAUGCACACAAAGAGGCUGUACAUGAUGAGAACAAAAGAAAUAAAAAGGCUUUGGUAAUAAGCCUUCAUGGCUGGCCGGGUGUGGGUAAAAACUAUGCAGCUACUAUGAUUGCCGAGGCACUUUACACUAAAGGCAUGCACAGUAAAUAUGUAAAGUUGUUUAUGGGCAAAAAAGAUUUUGACUGCUCUAACUUACAAAAGAAAAAAGAAGACUUGGUAGCAACUCUGAAUAGUAUUGUAAGAAAAUGUCCGAAGUCUCUCAUAAUAUUUGAUGAAAUCCAUGAUAUGUGCCCUUCCGUGUUAGACACCAUCAAACCGAUGCUUGAUCAUCAUCAUGCUGUAGACGGUAUUGAUUAUAGGGAUAGCAUUUUUAUAUUUAUAUCCAAUAUUGGAGGUCAAGAAAUAGCGACAAAGUUGUUAGACCUGUAUGCACAAGGUGCAAAGAGAGGUGAUGUUGAAUUUCAUGAUUUUGAACCUAUCAUAAGGAGGACUGCAUAUUUUCAAGGUGGAUUUGAAAAGGCAGCUGCAAUAGCAAAUCAUCUGAUUGACCAUUAUGUGCCAUUUUUACCAUUGGAGCAACACCAUGUAGAGAUGUGUGCUCUGGCCGAGUUUCGGUCACACUCUGUAUAUCACCCAACUAAGGAAAUGAUGGCGGAAGCUUUAUCUGUCAUAACAUAUGGCCCUAAUGAAGACCAGCCAAUAUUUGCUAACAAUGGAUGCAAGCGAUUUACAAGACACAUUCCUUAUGUAAUUCAAAAGAAUAAGCAGAAGCUUGAAUUAUAACUAAUGUCCAGUUUAAGGGUAAUCUUGUGAUAUUUUUUAUGUUUGUUGAGUUAUUAAUAUUUAUUUAGCUUUAAACCUUCUUUGUACAAAAUAGUUGUUAAUUUUGUAAGAUGAAAUAAUGAGCAUUUCAAAGAUAAUGAUUUGCAGAAUUUAUUAUUAUCAUGAAACACAGUUCAUUGCAUUUCAUGAAAAAAGAACUGUUUUAUCACAAUAAUUAUGUAAAAUCGUGUCUUUAUUUAUUGUAAAACAAGUUCAUGUUCCAGUGAUCUUGCUGAAUGUUCAUUUGAUUUACAUGUUAACUGAUGAUCUGUAAAUAAUACCUAGGCUUAGUUAAUGUUCAGAAAAUUAAUAAGGAAUGUUCUCUGUCUCUAAUUGUUAGGGUUAGUUUUUACCAAACAGAUGUAUUGAUAGUUUUAAUAUCACUGACCUUAUAAUUUUAUAUGGCAAAGCAAUACUCUUGAUAAUUCAGUUGAUUUCAAUGUGCAAGGAUUUCACUGUUUGGUGGACAACUAAUCCUAAAUAGUUUUUUUAUUCACUGAAAGUGAAUUUUCACAAUAAAAUAAAAUUAAACAUAA